AUGCUUCGCACUACCAUCACCCGCGCCGUCCGCGCCCCCGCCGCUGCCCGCCCGUUCAGCACCUCCAUCCGCGUCAUGGGUGCUGGCGACACCGGUGGUGUCCGCAGCGGUGGCGAGAAGGCUAGCGACGCCUGGAACAAGCGCGAGGCCGCCAACGAGGAGCUCUACAUCCGGAUGGAGGAGAAGAGAAAGCUCCGGGCCCUGAAGGAGAAGCUCAAGAAGCAGAGGGAGCACCUUGACGAGCUUGACAGGCACAUCGAUGACCUUACGAGGGAGCAGGGUGGUGAGCAAAACUAA